CAAACAGGAGUUCGUAUUAUUGCCAGAUAAUAAAGCGACGCAGCGGCUGUUUGAAGUCACAUGUGCCCAGAACAAACAAUUAAGAUGACAAAACCUGUCCUCAGGAGAGAUUCUCUUUAUUACAGAAGAAGCUGCAUUGGGAUCACAUCUCAGUUCCUGGAUUGCAAUAGAGUUGGAGGACAGGGAGCAGAGGAAGAAGAGAGGGAGGAUAAGCAGAGGAGAGCUGCUGAGCUGCACAACAGAGCCACUGCUGAUGGACAAGCUUUGGCUUCAGUGAUGGACUGAACUGAAGGCAGUGGGAUCCCUGUGACAGCCAGCUUCACGUUUUCCUCAGAAGCCUUCACACCUGACAAAGGCAUGUAUGGACACACUGCAGCAUAGGUGAGAAACAAGAGCUGCCCACUUUGAACACACAAAUUGGCCUAAUGAUUGAAAUACAACCAUCUCUCAAAGAGGACAACACUGGCCUUUUAUUUGGAAACCGUCUCUCAGGUCUGCACAAACUGAUUCUACCUUUGUCCCAAAAAGCAAGUAAACCUGGAACCUCAGCCCCUUCCCAAGUGCCCUGGAAACCCACGGGAUUCAGUCUGCAACCACAGAUGUAACUAAGCUGUCAAGAUUUCGUCACCAGGAAGUCCUGAGUUUUUGGUGACUGUUGGACCAACAAUGUCAAAAGCUAAAAAGAAAAACAAACUUGUGUCUGUGCCAUAUAGCUGCAUGGACACAUCUUCAAAGACGUGGCUGCCGCAUCAGAGUCAGUUUGGGUUGGUUGGUCAAGCGGAGGUUUGCUGUGGCGGAUCUGGAGUUUUAACCCCAAACCAAUCUCGCAGGGCAAGUUUUGCCUCUGCAAGACAGUCAAGCAUGGAAACCCCUCCCAAUACCACCCCACAGCCCUUCAGACAGCCGAGUUUUCUCAAUCGAAGGUUGAAGGGUUCCAUCAAGAGGGCCAAAAGUCAGCCCAAACUGGACCGUACCAGCAGCUUCAGACAAAUGAUUUUGCCCCGGUUUCGUAGUGCCGACCAAGAGAGGACUCGCUUGAUGCAAAGCUUCAAAGAAUCCCACUCCCAUGAGUCCCUACUUUCUCCUAGCAGUGCUGCGGAGGCUUUGGACCUAGUUUUGGAUGAAGAGGCCAUAAUCAAACCUGUCCACUCUAGCAUUUUAGGACAAGAGUACUGCUUUGAGGUAACCACCAGUUCAGGGACAAAAUGUUUUGCCUGUCGCUCAGCUUCAGAGAGAGACAAGUGGAUUGAGAAUCUGCAACGAGCUGUCAAACCUAACAAGGACAACAGCAGACGGGUGGACAAUGUGCUCAAGUUGUGGAUCAUUGAAGCUCGAGACCUUCCAGCUAAGAAACGCUACUAUUGUGAGCUGUGUCUGGAUGACAUGCUGUACGCACGCACCACCAGCAAACCCCGGACCGACACCGUCUUCUGGGGCGAGCAUUUUGAAUUUAACAAUUUGCCUACCAUUCGUAGCCUUCGCUUGCACCUCUACAAGGAAACGGACAAAAAAAGACGCAAGGAAAAAAGCACAUACCUUGGCCUUGUCAGCAUCCCCAUCUCCAGCAUCACGGGCCGGCAGUUUGUGGAGCAGUGGUACCCGGUGAUACAAUCCAGUGUUUUGGCCAAAAGUGGUGGUGUUGGAAGUGCCAAAGUCAUCAACGCCUCACUGCGUGUUAAGUCUCGCUACCAGACAAUGAACAUCCUCCCCAUGGAGCUGUACAAGGAAUUUGCUGAAUACAUUACCAACAACUACCGAACACUGUGUGCAGUUCUGGAGCCGCUGUUGAGUGUGAAAAGCAAAGAGGAGGUGGCGUUUGCUCUGGUGCACAUUCUUCAAAGCACAGGGAAAACAAAGGAGUUCCUCUCCGACAUGGCGAUGUGUGAGGUGGAUCGAUUCAUGGACCGUGAGCACUUGAUCUUUCGGGAGAAUACGCUCGCUACUAAGGCUGUGGAAGAGUACCUCAAACUGAUAGGUCACAGAUACCUCAAGGAUGCUAUAGGUGACUUCAUUCGAGCCUUAUAUGAGUCUGAGGAGAACUGUGAGGUGGACCCCAUGCGCGUCCCGCCAUCAGUCCUCGCUGACCACCAAGCCAACCUUCGUAUGUGCUGCGAGCUGUUACUCUGCAAGAUUAUCAACUCUCUCUGCAUAUUUCCUCGGGAGCUGAAGGAAGUUUUUGCCUCAUGGAGAGCCAGAUGUGCUGAGCGUGGAAGAGAGGAUCUCGCUGACAGCCUCAUCAGCUCCUCCCUGUUCCUUCGCUUCAUGUGCCCAGCCAUCAUGUCCCCCUCCCUGUUCAACCUAAUGCAGGAGUACCCUGCUGAACGCACGUCCCGCACACUCACACUCAUAGCCAAGGUCAUGCAGAACCUGGCCAGCUUCAGCAAAUUUGGACCCAAGGAGGAAUACAUGUAUUUCAUGAAUGAGUUCCUGGAGAUGGAGUGGGGCUCCAUGCAGCAAUUUCUUUAUGAGAUUUCCAACAUGGACACCGGAGGAAACGCUGGAGGGUUUGAGGGCUACAUUGACCUCGGCAGAGAACUGUCCAUGCUCCAUAGCUUACUGUGGGAAGUCAUGGGCCAGCUUAGCAAGGAUGCUAUUCUCAAACUGGGACCGCUACCACGGCUGCUGAAUGACAUCAGUGUCGCCUUGAGGAACCCACAGCUUCACAUGCCUACAAAUCACCAGCCAGACCGACCGAAGGACAGACUCUUCUCGCGACCAUCGUUCAAUCGUCUAAUGUCCUCCGACUUCCAAAGCCUUAUGAUGCGUGACUUAAACAGUUCAAUAGACAUCUCUCGCCUGCCGUCCCCUACGACGGGAGUAUCAGCUGUAGAAUCCCUGUCAUCGAAUCUGAACAUGAGGCGUCAGGCAGAACGAGACCUUCGCUCGUCGAGGGAAGUUUUCUAUGUCACGCGUCCGCCGCUGGCUCGAUCCAGCCCCGCGUACUGCACAAGCAGCUCGGAUAUUACUGAGCCUGAUCCAAAGGUCCACAGUGUGAAUAAAAGUGUGUCUAUGAUGGACCUUCAGGACUCCCGUAUGAACAGCAUAUCCAACCUGAACUCUGUGGGAGACAUGCUCACCUCCUCUCAAGCCUCCAUCGCCGGCCUCGGCCACAGCUUCGGGAACCUCGGCGGCCCUCUUCGUAUGGGAGGGCAUAUGCCGACGGGCUCAGCAGGCUCUGGUUUGAGGCUGAGCCAGAUGGGCCACAUUGGGGGGCCCACCGAAUCCAUCUCUCAACAGCAACAGCAAGCGGCAGCGGCCAUGCACUACCCUCUGUCUUUCCAGAACCCACUAUUCCAUCUGGCUGCCCAGAACUCCCCAGCUCAGUCUCAGCAGCCUCCCCCUCCUCUCCUCCUCGCCCCUGAGCCUGAGAAUGGCCACCAUGACUAUCAACCCGCCUUUGGCAACAGUGCUUUCUCCCGCAGCGAGGACUUGUCCGCCCUGCGGUCACAGAGCAGUCUGGUGCAGCCCAGCAUUGUCCACUCACACAGUUACAGUGAUGAUUUCACCCGGCAGAAUCAGAGCAACGACUACGCCUGGCACCAGCUGUCGCUGCAGGUGCAGGAGUCUCUCCAGCAGCAGCACCUAAUGGGAGUCACAUCUCAAACAGCCACUGGGACGGGCACCCCCGCCUCUUUGGCUACACCUCCCACUACAGUUCAUCCUGUCCGCCAGUCAUCCAUUGCCCCACCGCAACACCUCAAGUCCCAGAGGUCCAUUAACACUCCAGCUACUGCCACGCCUCCAAAGGUCCGCCCGCAGAGCAGGAACCUCCUCCUCGACUCUUCUGACACAAAUUUCAGUGGCAGGCAACAACAGGAGACACAGCUGUCGGUGACAGACAGUCCAGCACCCGGACUCCCGUACCAGACGAGCUCCGCCAAAGACAACCAGGGCCCGCCAGCAGCUGCAGAGGAGUCAACAGACACUCCGACAAAAAGCACCAAGAAGCCUCAACAGUCCCAGCUGCAGCCUCCACAGCAGCAUUUACUCAAGCCAGUUGUCAAUAAACAGGGUUCUCAGUCAACCUUGAGCACCCCGGCCCUCAACGAGCGGACAGUCGCCUGGGUGUCCAACAUGCCACAUCUCUCUGCUGACAUCGAGAGCCUGCGGCCGGACCGUGAGGGUCAGCUGAAAGAGUACUCCAAGAGCAUGGAUGAGUCACGGUUAGAGAGGGUAAGAGAAUACGAAGAAGAGAUACAUUCCUUGAAAGAACGGCUGAAGAUGUCUCAUCGCAAGCUUGAAGAGUAUGAGCAGAGACUUCUGACGCAGGAACAGCAGACAAACAAGAUCCUGCAGCAGUAUCAGAACCGCCUGGAGGACAGCGAGCGCCGCCUGAAGCAGCAGCAACUGGAGAAGGACUCUCAAAUCAAAGGCAUCAUCAGCAGACUCAUGGCUGUGGAAGAUGAGCUGAGAGGGGGUGCCAUUCCUGAUAUUAAGCCUCGAAUCCUCACAGACCAGUCUAUCAGCCAGGGCUAUGGUGGCCACCCAGGAUCCUGA